GGAGAGGUGAGGGAAAUCCCUCCCCCAGCAGGGAGGGGUGAGGGGGAGCUGCAGGAGUCACAGUGUGGAGGAGAUUAAGUUCAGGACCCAACGCAGAGUGGAUGUAAAGAGAAAACACUGCCGUGAUUUAAACCUUUAAACGGGAGAGGACACUAUUUGGACUUUUGACUUUACGUCCAAGAUAUCCCGUUUUUGGCAAUCACAUAUUAUUGUUUGAGUGCAUCGUUACGCAGGAAAGAGAAUAACCAUCCACAUAACGGGAAAAAUCGCUGUACAACUGGGAUGUAUAGAUGAGAGAAGUCACUCCAUCAGGUAUUUUAGGAGGCUGUAAAAUGCCAGGUUAAGCAUCCUCUGCUGUGUCCAGUGUUGUGGCGCCCUCUGCUGUUUGACCGAGGAAGGCCAAAGAAAGGGCAGGCAGGAUGGGGAACGUAGUGGAGGAUGGGAUGAACACUGUCAUCAUCAGCCACUACAACCACUCGGGGAAGUGGGAACUGGAUCGCAGCAGCGGGGCCUGCAAGACGGCCGUGCUGCUGUUCAUCUGCGUGCUCAUAGUCCUGGAGAACGUCACGGUGCUGCUCGCUCUCUGGAGGAACAAGCGCUUCCACAGCCGCAUGUACUUCCUAAUUGGGAAUCUCGCGCUGUCAGACCUCUUGGCCGGUGUGGCCUAUGUGGUCAACAUCUUCACCUCGGGAAAAAACACCUUCUUCCUGACUCCGGUGCAGUGGCUGGCCAGAGAAGGCAGCAUGUUCGUGGCCCUCAGUGCGUCCACCUUCAGCCUCCUGGCCAUUGGGAUUGAGAGGCACAUGACUAUGGUGCGUUUGCGUCCCUGUGAGACAGCAGGUCGGGGGAGACUUUUGGGACUAUUGGCAGCCUGCUGGCUUGUGUCAGUGCUGCUCAGUGCUUUGCCAAGCCUUGGGUGGAACUGCCUUGGCAAUAUGGCCUCCUGCUCCACGGUGCUGCCGCUCUACGCUAAGAGCUAUGUGGCCUUCUGCAUCAGCGUCUUCAGCGCCCUGCUGGUGGCCAUCAUCAUCCUGUACAUCAGGAUCUACCGCCUGGUGACCUCCAGCGGCCGCAGGGUGAGCAGCCGGCCGUCGGAGCGCUCUCUGGCCCUGCUGAGGACAGUGGUUAUUGUUCUGGGAGUGUUUGUCAUGUGCUGGACCCCCCUCUUCCUCCUGCUACUGCUGGAUGUUGGCUGCAGCCCAGACAAAUGCCCCGUGCUCUUCCAGGUGGAUUGGUUCAUAGCCCUGGCUGUGCUCAACUCAGCCCUCAACCCUCUGAUAUACACUCUGUCCAGCAGGGAGAUGAGGGCAGCCUUCUUCAGGCUGCUGUGCUGCUGUCAGACCAGCAUGGAGCACACAAGCACGGCUGUGGUGGGACACCCCCACCUGGGAACAGUCAUCCCCACAGUGGAGAACAGCAAGACCAGUGCAGGGGGGGGCAGUGGGCAGGGGAAGUCCACGCUGCAAAGAGGGAAGUUCCCUACACCUAUGCACUCUGACAACAAACAUGGAGACCCCUCGGCCACUGCUCUCCCCCCCACCUCUGGACCUGCAGACCUGCUCUCAGCUGUGCUUGUGAAGGCGCUGCCGCCGCUCAACAAGUUCUGAGUGGAAGCGCCUCAAUGAGCCUCACAGUCACACAGGAGUAGACUUAGUACUAGGGCUGGGCGAUAUAGAGAAUUACAAUAUCACAACAUUUGGGAUUCAUAUCUGCGCCGACGUUGUAUAGGAUUGACUAUUGGUGCUUUCAUGGAGUAUUCACACAACGAGAUCUUUGCUAAAUUAUCAUUGUUAAUGUGGUUAUAGCGACUAAGUGGCUAAUAGAAGAGCCAUAAACUACAUGGCUUUACUAAAAUGCAUCCUUUAAAACCAGCAAAUGACACAAAUUAUCAUCAUAAAGAUAUCCAAAAUGUACGAUAUCUAUUAUAUCUAGUCUCAUAUCAAUAUAAUAUGGAUAUAUUGCCCAGCCCGACCUUGAACUGACAUUGUCCUGCUAUCAGCCACUUUUUGUUUAUGCACUAUGGAUAGGAUGAAGUAAUGAUAUUCAGAUCAAACCAGAUCAUUCAAAGCCACUAUUUAUUACAACUCAUCAAUGUUAUUCACAACACCAGAGUUACUUACUUUAGUUUUAUCACAUUUCAAACUCUAAAAUACAGUUUCAUGGACAUGGGUUCAAGCAAGCACCAAAUGAAAUAUGUUGUCCUCCUUCAUGUCUGUGAAACUCGGUAAUGCUUUGCACACAACACUAUAAUUAAUUGUGUAAAAAUCAUGUGUUUUAUGAUGUUAUUGUAAGCAGAAACGAUCAAAUUGGGGUGCUUUGUUGCAUAUGAAAGUACCCUUAAAACACCUGCAGUAAACUAUUUAUUUUCUGUGAAAACAUUUGCCAUUUUAACACUAUGAGUAUACUUGUGCAGUAUACCUGUUUGGUUUAUUUUGUGUGCAUGAAACCCAUCAUGGUACUAGGAUUUGGGUAGGAUUUGAGAUGCACUGUGAGAGAAAACCAAUAAUGUGUUUGUUAGACUAGCGGCCUCAUGAGGCUGUGAUACUCAUUACACACCAGAAAUCAAAAAUGGAGAGACAGCAUUGUUAUUUUUAAGAGUCUCACCAAUUAUAGGCAAGAGCGUGAAGACGGUCUUGAUGGUGGUGCUACAGGAAAAGUGAUUUACUCAAAUCAGUCAGGUUAAACUUCUCUCUCUAGGCUCAGUUCUAUAUUUCUAGAUCUGAUUCCUUUUAAUUUGACUGUACUCUGUCAGCAUCACCUGAAGGAGCGUGGCUAAUAACCACAGUCAUUGACAUUUCUGCUUCUCAUCAGCACAUCUAGAAGAAACCACUCACCACACGUCAACUAACCACUAUAGCGAUAAGAGUGUUGGAAGUGAAUUAUUUAAUGGUGGUCGACUGCAAAUGACUUUUCUGCCUAGGGUGGUGUAGUGCCUGAUACCAUUAUAUAGCAAAUACAAUAAAAUCCUAUUCCCUUUUA